AUGUCUGCAUUUCGUGUGGAUAUACAACGUGUGCUGACCACUUCGUUUACUUGUUUAUCUGCAGAUAAUAUAGUUGAAGAAGAUAAAGUGGUAGCUGAGGAAUACAAAUUCACUGACUCAGUAGACGAUGUUAACGAUGAUGAUUUUCGUUAUGAUAAGAAUGAAAAUGAAUGGAUUUUGGUGGGAUUAAAUGCAGAUCAUACCUUCGAUCUUUUGAAUGCUGGGGACGAAGAUUCAGAUUCGGAAGACGCUUAUUGUCCAAAGGAGGGUUCUGAUCAGCAGAGUGAAGAGAGGUGUGGAAGCUAUAGUUCUGUUGUCGACAUCAACGAAUCAGAGUUUUCCAGUGGUGGCUUAUUGUGUCGGAUGUACAAGGUGGAUGAGGAAAAUGGAAGCACUUCGAGUUCUAUAGACUCGUUGCCGAUCUCAGUCGAUGCUAAGAUCGGGGAUUGCGGCGCCGAUUGUGCCGCCUCUUAUGUUCACAGUGUUUGGCCGGAAGGAUGUGGUAGUUUGGGAUGGGGAGAAAGCGUACAGAAGAUUGGGGAGAAGACAAUGAAGAAAUCUCUCAAGCGCAGCAAAGCAAGAAGGUACAUGGCUUCAAUUCCUUCUAGCUUUGGACAAACCGAUCAGGUUUUGGUGGAAGAGAAAUACUCUACGAGAAUCUUUACACUGAACAGGCCUAAGCAACUCAAUGCUGUUUCUUUUCCAAUGGUAUCUCGACUGUUGGAGCUUUUUCUUGCUUAUGAGGUGGACCCUUCUGUCAAAUUGAUAAUUUUGAAGGGAAAAGGAAGAGCUUUCUGUGCUGGAGGUGAUAUUGCAGCCGUUGUUCGUGGUAUUACUCAAGGUAAUUGGAGACCUGGAGCAAUUUUUUUCAGAAGAGAGUACAUCUUGAACUAUGUGAUGGCUACAUACAGUAAACCUCAGGUUUCAAUUCUCAAUGGAAUUGUCAUGGGAGGAGGAGCAGGUGUUUCAAUACAUGGUAGAUUCCGUGUUGCUACAGAGAAUUCGCUUUUUGCUAUGCCUGAAACAGCAUUGGGUCUUUUCCCAGAUGUUGGUGCCUCUUACUUUUUGUCAAGACUCCCUGGAUUCUUUGGAGAAUAUGUUGGUCUAACAGGUGCCAGGUUGGAUGGUGCUGAGAUGCUUGCAUGCGGUCUAGCAACUCACCUUGUUCUGUCAGAGGAUGAGAUACGGAAAAGUUUGGGCGUAUGUCCUCAACAUGACAUUCUUUUUCCUGAAUUGACCGUGAAGGAGCACUUGGAAAUAUUUGCUAAUAUAAAAGGCGUGAAUGAAGACUAUUUGGAGAAUGUCGUUAUUAAAAUGGCUGAAGAAAAUAAUCCUUGCACGCUCGUACCAAGGGAAACGAUCAUGAACCAAAAUAGUUGGACAAAUACAGACUUGCAGUCUAAGCUGGUUCCCAAACGAGAGCCUUCAGCUUUUUCUGGUGGUUCUAAGGAAAAGGAGAAGGAAAAAAUGAACAAAGAGAUUCAAGAAUUGAUGAGUGGAAAUCCAUUAGGAAAAGUUGCUAAAGGAGUUUGUAGCCUUUCAAUGACCAACAGUAACAAACAUAUCACUUAA